AUGUAUCGUGUCGCGAAGGCAUCUGAGUUUCUGGCCAUUACUGGUGCUUCCAUUAAUGACAUCAAGAUCACAAAGAAGGCAAUUGUCUGGCCAUUGCAGAAAUGCAGAGUCAUAGAUGUGACUCCAGUUAACUACACUUUCGAAGUCAAUGCAAUGAGUGCUGAGAAGCUACCCUUCCUCCUCCCUGCAGUUUUCACAAUAGGUCCAAGAGUUGAUGACCAUGACAGCCUUGUUAAGUAUGCCAAACUUCUUUCUGAUCAUAGUCACGAUUCUCAUAAUGUCAAGGAGCUCGUUCAAGGUGUGAUCGAGGGAGAAACUCGUGUUCUUGCUGCAUCAAUGACCAUGGAAGAAAUCUUUAAAGGCACCAAAGAUUUCAAGAAGGAGGUUUUUGACAAGGUUCAGCUGGAACUCAACCAAUUUGGCCUCUUGAUCUAUAAUGCUAACAUCAAGCAACUGGUUGAUGUCAGAGGCCAUGAAUAUUUCUCCUACUUAGGCCAGAAAACUCAAAUGGAGGCAGCAAACCAGGCAAAAGUGGAUGUUGCUGAGGCAAAGAUGAAGGGUGAGAUAGGAGCAAAAGAAAGACAAGGUCUGACACUUCAGAAUGCUGCCAAGAUUGAUGCUGAGACAAAGAUCAUAUCGACACAAAGGGAAGGUGAAGGGAAGAAGCAGGAGAUCAUGGUGAAAUCCCAAGUAAAGAUUUAUGAGAAUCAAAGGGAGGCUGAUGUUGCUGAAGCCAAUGCUCUGCUAGCUACCAAAAAGGCUGGAUGGGCUCAGCAGGCAAAGAUGGCUGAAGUGGAGGCUGAAAAGGCUGUAGCUAUUAGGGAGGCAGAGUUACAAAAAGAAGUUGAGAGGAAAAAUGCAUUGGCCAAGACUGAGCAACUAAAGGCUGAACAACUCAGCAAGGCUACUGUUGAUUAUGAGAUUAAGGUUCAAGAGGCAAAUUCAGUUCUCUACAAGAAGCAAAAGGAAUCUGAGGCAGUGCUAUACGAGAGACAAAAGGCUGCAGAAGCUCAAAAAGUGGCAGCAGAAGCUCAACUGUAUGCAGCUCAACAAGCUGCAGAUGCGGAACUUUAUGCAAAAAGGAAAGAAGCUGAAGGAAUGAAGGCUCUUGCAGAAGCACAAGGAUUCAAAAUCCGCACCUUAUUGACAUCACUGGGUGGAAACUACAAUGCUUUGAGAGAUUAUCUGAUGAUUGAAAGUGGCCUGUUCAAGGACAUUGCCAAAAUCAAUGCUGAGGCGAUCCAAGGACUGCAACCUAAGAUCAGUGUUUGGUCAAAUGGAGACACCAGAGAUGGAUCAGGUGCUGCAAAUUCUGCCAUGAAAGAAAUAGCAUCAGUUUACGGUGCAUUGCCACCUUUGUUCCAGACUGUGCACGAGCAAACCGGUAUGUUGCCUCCGGCUUGGAUGGGCAGUCUACCUAGUCCUGGUGCAGGCAAGGCUAUAACAAACCAGCCAGAGAAUUAG